GGCUGGUGGGUGGGCAGUGUGUAGGGUGGUCUCGGGGCGGCUCCUCUCCCCGGGGAGCUCUGUCCUGUAGUCAGGGGGCCGGCUUGGGUCACCUUUGCCCGCCUGCUCAGGUAGACCCCCUCGCCGUCCCCUGGCGCGUCUACACACGGCCACUGGCACACGAGCCUCCCGCCGACCCCAGGGGUUCCUGAGAACUCGAGGGGUCUCCCCACCCAGACUCCCAGGACCCCCAUUUCCGGAGAAUGGCCCAGAUGUCUCAAGUGCAGGAACUCUUCCAUGAGGCAGCCCAGCAGGAGGCUCUGGCCCAGCCCCAGCCCUGGUGGAAGAUCCAGCUGUUCAUAUGGGAACCAGUGCUGUUCGGGACCUGGGAUGGUGUGUUCACGUCCUGCAUGAUCAACAUUUUUGGGGUUGUCCUUUUCUUGAGGACUGGCUGGCUGGUGGGAAACACGGGAGUGCUCGUGGGUGUGUUUCUGGUGUCCUUCGUCGCCCUGGUGGCCCUGGUCACAGUGCUGUCCGGCAUUGGGGUUGGGGAGCACUGCAACGUGGGCACCGGCGGCGUCUACUCCAUGAUCGCGGCGGUCCUCGGCGGGCAGACCGGAGGCGCCAUCGGGCUGCUGUACGUGCUUGGACAGUGUGUUGCAGGUGCCAUGUAUAUCACUGGCUUCGCUGAAUCCAUCUCCGAUCUGCUGAGCCUCAGGAAUCUCUGGGCCGUGCGAGGAAUUUCAGUUGCGGUGCUUCUGGCCUUGCUGGGGAUCAACCUAGCAGGUGUCAAAUGGAUAAUCCGCCUCCAGCUGCUGCUGCUGCUCCUGCUGGCCGUGUCCACGCUGGACUUUGUGGUGGGCUCUUUCACACACCUGGACCCAGAGCAUGGUUUUAUUGGAUAUUCACCAGAACUGCUGCAGAACAACACUCUGCCUGAUUACAGCCCCGGCGAGUCCUUUUUCACCGUCUUUGGGGUGUUCUUCCCAGCAGCUACAGAGAUGGACAAUGAAAACCAGCAUGUUAUAUGGAGUCAUGGCCGGCUUCAACAUGGGGGGCGACCUCAGGGAGCCUGCUGCCAGCAUCCCCCUGGGCUCCCUAGCAGCUGUUGGCAUCUCCUUGUCAUGAUGGCACUGUUGCUUCUAGCCAGGUGGUUUCUGUACAUCGUCUUUGUCCUCCUGCUGGGCACCAUCUGCACCCGAGGGGCCCUUCGCUAUGACUUCCUGAUAGCAGAAAAGGUGUCCCUGGUGGGCUUCCUGUUCCUUUUGGGCUUAUACAUCUCGUCCCUGGCCUCCUGUAUGGGAGGCCUCUACGGAGCACCCCGGAUCCUGCAGUGCAUUGCCCAGGAGAAAGUGAUUCCUGCGCUGGCCUGUCUGGGGCAAGGGAAAGGGCCAAGUAAAACACCCGUAGCUGCCAUCUGCCUGACCAGCUUGGUGACCAUGGCCUUUGUCCUUGUGGGUCAGGUAAACGUCCUGGCCCCCAUCGUCACCAUCAACUUCAUGCUGACAUACAUCGUGGUGGACUACUCUUACUUCUCCCUGUCCAUGGGUGCCUGCAGCCUCCCACAGGUGCCUGAGUCGGUGCCCGGGGAGGGCCUGGGAGCUCUCCACUGCUCUGAGCACCUGCUCCUGGAGAAGACUCCCAGCUGUGGCUCUGAGGGCGUUGCCUGGAACCUCUCUGAGGGCACUCUGCUAGAAUUCACCAAGGACAUGGACCAGCUCCUCCAGCUAACCAGGAAGCUUGCGAGUGGCCAGCCCGGAGGAGGAGAGAGCCACGGGAUCCCAGAGAAUCAGAAGGGGAAGACCAAGAAGGCCACCAAGCGAACCCUCCAAGAGAGCUUCCUCUUAGACCCCAGGUCUCCUGCUUCCUUCCCUCCUGAAGGCUGUGACGGGUGGCCUACUGCCUCCUGGGAGGGGCAGGGGCCCCAUGGGAACAUGCCGCGUUCCAGAAGUGAAGGGGCUCGGCCUGGGGGAGCCUGUGGAGAACAACUCAUCCCUGAGCCCAGUAAUCAGCCCAGGCCGAGCAGAGAAGGCUCGGGACGUGUAGGCUCAACGGCCAUGGCUCACGGGCCCAACCGCUCCACGGCAUGUGGGAUCUUCCCGGACCGGGGCACGAACCCGUGUCCCCUGCAUCGGCAGGCGGACUCUCAACCACUGCGCCACCAGGGAAGCCCUAUAUUUGAUAUUUUUAACAUGCCUAAUGCAUGGUUCUGCUUACCUGUUUGUUUGUUUUGUGACUAAAGCUUGAUAAAGUUGCCUUCCAGUUGUUAUUCUAGUAAUUCUAACACGAGAAGCGGUCUCCUCCCACCACUAGUCUGUAAGACUUAUUUCUUCCAGUAUAAUUCUUGAAAAGAGAAAAAAAAUUCCUUCUGUCAUUUUGGAAGGGUUUUGAAACCAUAGCUGUUCAGAAUUCUGAAUAAUUGUCCGCCUGCAUUGUCUGUCAUACCUAUUCAGAGUCAUUGAGCAUCAUUGACUGAAUUCUCCCUUGCAUUGCUGAUGUGUAAAACUGCACUGUGCUUGCCUGGAAGACACACCCCUUCCUAUGACUCUCCCUGGAGUUCCUCAGAAAACACAUACACAUACACACAACUCCCUUGGGUACAGUGUAAUUGAGUUGGUGCAAGGUCAAGAUCAAGUGUGAAACAGUGACCUUAACAUUUGGCAAACCUCAGAGAGGCAGAAAUCUAAGUUCUUCACCAAUAGUGUUUCUUCUUAAUAAUCAAUGGAGCAGCUGUAUUUCACUAAGCCUGUGAUUGAAAAAAUGAAUCAUGCAUUGCACAUGUUGAAAAUAUACAAUGUAAUCAAAGACAAUCUUAACAGUGUCUUUUCUUUAAAAAAAAGAAGUAAUAGAGCCAUCAAUUCAAAUCAGUCAUGCACCUUGGCAGAGUUCUUUAAAAUUUAUUUUAUUGAAGUAUAGUUGCUUUAUAAUGUAUUAAUUUCUACUGUACAGCAAAGUGAUUCAGUUAUACGUAUAUAUCCAUUCUUUUUCAUAUUCUUUUCUAUUACGGUUUAUCACAGGAUAUUGAAUAUAGUUCCCUGUGCUAUACAGUAGGACCUUGCUGUUUAUCCAUCCUAUAUAUAAUAGUUUGCACCUGCUAAUCCCAAACUCCCAAUCCAUCCCUCCCUCACCCCCCUCCCCCUUGACAACCAUGUCUGUUGUCUAUGUCUGUGAGUCUAUUUCUGUUUUGUAGAUAAGUUCAUUUGUGUCAUAUUUUAGGUUCCACAUAUAAGUGAUAUCAUUUGGU